AUGUGCGCGCUCCCUCACACCGACUCGGACAGUGCCCUCCACCGACUGAUGAGGCGCCUCCUGGAGGCCCGGAGGACUCUGGAGAUCUGCAUCUUCACCUUCUCCUGUCCGCCGCUCGGCCAGGCCGUCCUCCUCCUCCACCACCGGGGGGUCCGAGUCCGGGUCAUCACCGACAGAGACUACAUGGCGGCCGCCGGCUCCCAGAUAGGAGCGCUGAGGAAGGCGGGGAUUGUGGUCCGUCACAGUCAGUCGUCUGGUUUCAUGCACCAUAAGUUUGUGGUGAUAGAUCAGGCACUUGUGAUCACGGGAUCCAUGAACUGGACUGUACAGGCCAUUCAGGCAAACAAGGAGAAUCUUCUCAUUACAGAUGACCAGGUCUUUGUGAGUGCGUACCUGCAGGAGUUCCAGCGGCUUUGGGAGGAGUAUGACCCCGCCACCUACGAUUUCUUCCCAGAGAAAGAUAAGUCAUAG